ACUGUGGUUCCUGGUCCUGCAUUUUUGUUCAAAGACAGGCUUUCUUUUUCAUUUUAGAUUUCAGUAACACGGGUUUUUAUUUAUCCUAAAUUCUCCUUCCUCGGUUGUAAUUAACUGCCUCCUAAUUUCUCCUUGAUUCUCCUUUCUAAUUUCCAGAUUCAUUUAGCUAUUAGUCUCAGUAUCUGACUCAAACUCAUUAUGUUAGGUAAGGGAUCAGAGAGGGAUUUGAAAUUAGGUAGAGAAUAGUGGAGAUCUUCUUUCUUUUUGUUGUUAUUUUCAAAGUAGAUAGUGGGGUAUGUAUGGCAUCAUCACUUGGAUCUUUCCAAGGCAAUUAUGUAAAUGACAUUACAAGACUGUAUCAUUACAGCUUCAGGGGAGGGGAGGAGAGGAGUGUCAAAAAGUAUGAUCUACAAUUACAUUACAAGACUUGGGUCACGAGGGAAUUCUUUUUGGAACAAUUAGUGUAUCCCCUUUCACCAAAAAAAAUGUUAGCUAGAAACACAUGAACAAUCAAACUAUAUAAAUUAAUAAAUAAAUAACUCAUCAACUAUAAAGGGAGUUUUGAAGGUCUUAUACGGCUUGGCCAUAUGAUUUAAAGAAAAUACAAUCAAGACUCUCCCAACCCAAAGGGACAUUCCCGGUGCAGGGAAGUUUUCUCCUAAGAAAGGAUCUAAUAUAUCUCAAACGUAAUGGGUCUAGCCUAAUGAAAAUGACUUUAUUUUGCAGAACAAUGAUGUCAAGAUCGAACACAAUUUCUUUUCCUUCCUCACAAUAUUUUUUGUUCAAAGAUCCCUUCCUCACCAAUUCUAUUUUUGGUAAAUUCUCUACUUCUUUCUAGUUUCUAUUUUUGGCAAAUUAGGUGCAAGUCCUUAUGGAUGUGGAAAAAUUCUGUACGAAGAAAAAGAAGAGCGAAAAUCCAAUAUGGAGGACGCGAAGAAGUGUUUAGAGCUGACGCCGGACGAGUCAGAGGCCGUGUCACGAGUCGUCGUUCCAGAAAUCCGAGUCGGAAAAGAGCCGAGUUUGUACGAUCUUUUCGCUACGACAGGCAUCCGAGUCGACCGAGUCGAACCCGGAUUCGCCGUCUGUUCUUUCAAGGUCCCUCCUCGCCUCACCGAUAAAGAUGGAAAUCUGUCUAAUGGUGCAAUUGCAAACCUUGUUGAUGUAGCUGGUGCUUCUCUUAUUUAUGUUAUGGGUCUCCCCAUGAACGUUUCAGUGGACAUGUCCAUCUCCUAUGUGUCAAAGGCGAAGAUUGAUGAUGAGUUAGAGAUCACCUCAAAAAGGUUAGGACAAAAAGGCGGUUAUUCUGGAACAUCAGUCCUGAUGAGAAACAAAGCAACUGGGGAGAUUGUAGCCGAAGGUCGACAUUCAUUGUUUCGUUCACCUGCUGCUAGCAAACUCUGAGUCCUUUCCAUUUACAAGUACAAACCAUGUAUGAAGCGAACUCUCCAUAUUAGGGUUGCUUUUCUUUUUGUAAGUAUUCAUUUAUUUUUUAUUUAAUAAAAGAUAGGAAUGUUAGAAGGACAUAGACCAAAUAACCAAAUUAUUGGCCUUGUAAUGACUUGGAUUCUUUUUUAUUUCAAACUCCUGCAUGCAUUCACACCAGAUAAAAUGAGACAUAUUACAUCCGA